GGUCAGUUUAAUGUUUUUCUCUCAGCAAUCGUCAUUAUUUUUAGCGAAACUUUCUAUAACUUCAUAUAAUCAUCUGUAUGAAAAUACUUGCAUUGGUUUUCCAGAACAAUAUCCCACUGGCAAUAUGGCGACCGCGCUGACGUCUCCCUUCUAAUGGACUCAACGCCUACAGGAAGCGAAUCAGGAAGUGACAUCAGAAACUCAAAUUCACAGCCUGAGGGUGCGUCACGCACAUCCUGAAAGCUUUCCAGUUGUAUAUUUUCUUCGUUUUGUUUUUGCCGGACAAAGUUUGGAAACUUCAGAGUCGAACAAUGGCAGGUUUGGUACUUCAGAAAGUGAAAUAUCGAUUUGUGUACAAGGUGUCCAGACAUGUACUUCGUCGUCUCGUGGACCUCCUUUUAAAAGACCAUGUUUUGAAUGGAGAAGAAGAGGAUAUAAUAUGUGAGGGAAGGUAUAGUAGGGCCGAUCAGGCACGUAGUCUCAUUGACUAUGUGAUCAGAAAAGGAGAAAGAGCCAGCACAAGGCUGAUUUAUCACCUACAGAACAUAGACCCAGUUCUUCACAGUGAGUUGGGUCUGUCCAGUGAUCAACCUGGUCUGUCAGUCCAAUUAACUCCAUCUGUGCCAACUGUGGAAGACUUCUUGAAAACCAUAAGGACUAACCCAGAGGUCUAUCCUGUGACCCAAACUUCCUUGAAGAACCGCGUAGCUCUGCUGAUCACUAAUAUCAAGUUUUCUGAGGAAUCAAUGAACAGAUGGGGAGCAGAGAAAGACGAGGAGAACAUGGAGAAACUGCUUUCAUAUCUGGGGUAUGAGGUGGUGAAAUACACAAACCUCACUGGAAAGGCGAUUGAUGAGGCUUUAAUUGACUUCACUAAACAUCCCAAACUAAAAUACACUGACAGCGUGUUUGUGGUUCUCAUGUCUCAUGGGAAGCUGGGGAAAAUUCUUGGGGUUGACUGGAAAGAGGACAAACCAGAUGAAUUUCCAAUCAACAACAUUUUCAAACACUUGGGCUCCAAGAGUUGUCCAGAGCUAAGAGAUAAACCAAAGGUCAUCAUCAUACAGGCCUGCAGAGGAGGACACAGUGCAGGUUAUGUUCUACAAUCUGAGAACCAUGCAGCAGACAUGCUUCAUCAUUUAAUUUUGGAAAAAGACUUCAUUUACCUUUCAUCUUGUAUUCCUGACACUGUGUCGUACAGACAACGAGAUCGUGGGUCUCUCCUCAUCCAGAGCAUUGUGGAGGCUUUCAGUCCAGAGCGGUAUCAGGAAGAUAUUUAUGGACUUUUUGAGAAGAUAGAAAUGGAGACACAACAAUACUCUUUUGAUCAACAAAUGAUGUCAGAGAUGACUAGAAACACACUGACAAAGCAUUUUUACCCCUUAACAGGAAUCAGAAAAAUGAGUGUCUUGGUGAAGGAAGACAAAGACACAGUUACAGAUGCAUUCUCAGAAAGUGAGGGCUGUAGCUAUGGAACAUCCACUAAGGUCAGCUCACACGAGAAGGAGGAGCAGGAGGAGCGAGAGGAGGAUGAAGAAGAUGAGCAGGAGGAGGAAGAUGAAGAGUCUGCUCACACAUUCAAGUUCUGCUGUGAAAAAUGUAAAAGCAUCACUCAGACCCACGGCACAAAGCUUGUUACUCCCCAGAGGAUUUCAAACGGACGUUUCCAAAUGCAGCUGGAAGGAGAAGGCUCAUACGAGUGUUCGGUCACCGGUCUGGUUUUUGAAGCAAGCGAGCCGGUUCUGGUGCGGUAUUCGGUCUUAUCCUGGUCCAAGUUUGGCUCGUUCUUACCCAACUCCUGGAAAUUUGCCGGACCAAUCUUCGACAUCGACACUGUCAACAAGGAGGCGUCUGUGCUCACAUCCAUCCACCUCCCCCACUCUGUUUGCUUAGGCCAGUCUCUUGACAACGCCGUGUCAUUCAAGAUCUUGCAUGUUGUCGAUGAGGAUUUCAGUGAGGCUGUCAUUGAGCCACCUUCAGGCUACUCAGGUAGCCACGUUAAGUGGAGCGUGAGGUCCCUGUCCCCCGUGUGUCCCAUCAUUCCAGCUGAUGAACAGGCUGAAUAUCAUGGCAUGGUUAUGAUCUACAAACAGAUGACAGAUGAUACAAACACCAACAACAACAUCUUCCAUGUGUACCUGGUCCUAAAUAACGUCUCUGCCAUUAAAGAUGUAUGCGAACAGGUUCAGAGCUACCCGAAUAAAUACGUCAGGGUGACUAAAUCCCCCAUGUGCAGACUGGUUGAGGGGAUAUUUCGCCUUUCCAGUAAGCCCGAGGGAGUGGUCAGUCCUCAGGAGCUGGAAUUUACACUAGCUGAGAUAGCGGUAAUAGGCUUUUUCGAGGUCUUCUUUGACAAGCAGCCUCCGUUUGAAUGGUCUCUAAGAAAGAGGAGAACGGAUGAGGUCGUCUGGUCUGCCACCAUCAGAGCAGACGACUGGCAAGCUGCAAUAAAAGAAAACCCAAGGAAAAGAGCCAGAUGUGACGAUGAAUUGAGAGCAAAGAGCCAUCGGGGUCAGGACCUGUCAGAGAAGCAGCUCCUGCAGGUCGCCAAUAAGUUUGGGUCAGAGUGGAAGGAGGCAGCCAUCUACUUAGACUUACUGAGGAAAGAUCUGGAUGACAUCCUGGAGAAAGAGAAGGAUGUGACCAUGCAGAAGCAUAGGAUGCUGGUAAUGUGGAAGAACAGAAGGAGGCAAGGAGAAGCUACUGCGUCUGCCCUGUUGGAAAGUUUGAAAGAUAUGGAUAAGUUGUCCACGUACGUUCGCGACAUUCUGCAAGAUUUAAUGACGGCAGACGAUGAACGCAUGGACGAAUAAGAAAAUCCAUAAAAAUGGAUUUAGUUACACCCACUCAGAGACGAUAUCAAAGAAACGGGGACGCCUGCUGGAGACUUUGUGGAUCUAAGGGAGCCGACCACUUCCAUGUUUUUGGGGACUGCCAGGUCUUAUUACCUGGCAGUCCCCAAACGUUGUACUUGGGCAAGCUACAGUUGGACACAUGGACCAAUAAAGACAAAAAACUGCUGGCUAUCUUACUGGCAGCCAGUAAGAAAGCCAUCACAAGGAAAUGGCUAAAACCAGAUCCACCCACUAUCGAUGAAUGGAUUGAAAUUGUUUACCAGAAUUAUGCUAUGGAAAAGAUUUCUUUUUCCCUCCAAGUUGAAAGAGGAAAAUUUUAUACCAAAUGAACUGAGUAUGUAAAACCAAUUAGAUCUGACUUCAUUUGAUUGUUCUUGUGAAUGAUGUGUCCUGCUCUUUUAUCUUCUUGUGCUUUUUAUUGCUCGAGGCGGUGCAAUCCCCAUUUUUGUUAAAGUUUCUUCAUUUUUCUUAUCGUUCACAACUAAAAUUUGUAAUAGUCUGUAAAAGAAAAUACCAGAAAGGCGGUAUGGACAAAAUCACUUGGACUCUUCGUGUUCAUGAAGGUUCCCCUUGUGAAGCUGCUGGACAGUGUAUGAAUGUGUGUUUACCAUUUUAGGUCAAAUCCUGUAGAAUAUUUAGUAAAGCAGCAUUAAAACAGAUUCAUACUCUUGAGGUGAAUUAUGCCAUCGUUUACUCAUCAUGUGAGUGUGACUCAGUGGAAAGAUGAAUGCAAUUGGGUGAAUCUGGGUGUGUAAAGUGGUUUGUGUGGUCAGUAUAAUUGAAAAAGUGCUAUGUAGAAAUUGGAUCUAAUUACCAUUUAUGUUCACCAUGUUCUUUAUAUAUCGUUUUAUCUAUUACAAUUUAUUUUUUUUACUCGUGGUCAAAUUUUAUACACCUAUUUAACUGGAUGUAAUAGGUUUUCUAUUGUGUACCAGACAAGAAUAAAUAUGUUGUAUUUGUAAAAUAAA